UUAUUCUCUUGAUCCAGGUAGUAGUAUCUUCAUAAGCAUGGCGUUAUGACAACAAAAACAAAACAAAAAAAAAAACUCAGAUUGAUUUUGAACAAGGGGCGCUAGAGCUAAGAAUAUCCUUUCUUUGGGAGGACUGUGUUCAGAUCUGGCGAUAAGCAUUAUCAGUAGCGAAACGGUUUCUGCUGCCUAAGAGAAAGGAAGCACGACUCUCUUAAUCACUUCAUUUUUUUCGUUUAGGCGUAUGUAGCAGCAGGAAACAGGUUUCCUCUUGGAUUAUACUAGUAAGAAAAACACAUUUUCUUAUCCAUGCACUCUUCAUUGCAUUCCCCGCUGCUUGUAACAAGAAGGAGAAAUGCCUCCUUCUGAAAGAGUUCGGCUUCUUCUUUGGGACUUGUUUUUGGUUGUCUUUAUUAAUACCAACCACCACUAUGCAAGGGGACUUGAAGUUCAGCGGCUAUUCAAAUCUCCAGACCCGACCAACAACUUUGCAGUGAAUGAAGUUUCCAACAAAGUGUACCUGGCGAGCGUGAACAGGAUUUAUCAACUGGACGGUAAUUUGAGCCUGGAGAUUGAGGAGAAAACGGGACCAGUUUUGGAUAACAUGCUCUGCCAUGCGCCGUAUCUUCCCCAUGCCUCCUGCGAGCACCCCAAAGUUCUGACAGACAACUAUAACAAGCUCCUGCAGCUGGACCGGGACCAGCACGUGGCUGUAGUAUGUGGUUCAGUUUACCAGGGUUUUUGUGAGCUAAGAAAGCUGGAGAACAUUUCCGAAAUAGCUGUUGAAUUCCCCCCACAGGGAGACCACAAGGUGACAGUUUUUCCAAGCAUGCUUAAUAUUGCUGCCAACCACCCCAACGCUUCAACAGUCGGGCUCAUCCUCAGGAGCUCUGGGGGUAACACUCGGCUUCUGGUUGGGGCGACUUAUACCGGUGUGGGCACGGCGUUUUUCCCCAAGAACCACAGCAAAGAGGACUUGAGGUUUGAAAACACACCUGAGAUAGCUAUUAGGUCCCUAAACGUCAAUGAGCUGUCGAGGCUUUUCACCUAUGAUAUAAAUCCAUCGGAAGACAACGUGUUUAAGAUCAAGCAAGAAGUCAAACCCAAGAACAAACUGAGUUUUGUUCACGCUUUCAUUCAUAAGACAUAUUCUUAUAUCGCAAUGAACAACGACGCCAACUUAGGGGAAAAGGCGAACCAACCCAAUAGCAUACUGGCGAGGAUUUGUCUGGACAACAAAACCAAACGGAAAGAGUGUAAAAAGCUUACCGAGUCUUACAUCCAAAUGGGUCUUCAGUGUGGUUCUGAUGGCAGCGUUUUCAACAGAUUGGUUUCCGUUUUCUCUGCUAGAGUUUAUCUUUCUAGCUACUUAAAAGAACGAGACCUCUUGUUUGGAAUUUUUGAAAAAUCGAAUAAAAAAUCGGCACUGUGCGUAUUUCAGUUUUCAGAUAUUGAAAGUUCGAUUAGGAAUGCCCGAAAAACAUGUUUAAGUGAGACAAAUUCCGGAGACGUGUCGGUGCUGGAUAGUGUAAUUCAAGGGACUGGAGCUGGCUGCGUUAAGAAGAAUAUUGUGUUGCAGUCAGAACAGCUGGAUUGUGGGGCCGCUCACCUGCAGCACCCUCUGGCUCUCCGGAAGCCCCUGAAGGCCAGUCCAGUGUUUGAGUCGUCUGGGCUGACCGCUGUCGCUGUUGCCAGUGUCAAUGACCACACCAUUGUAUUCCUGGGUACAGCCACUGGGAGGCUGCAAAAGCUCAACCUGCUUAAAAACUUGACCUUGGGAAGCCAGAAAUCAAUCAAUGUGGCUUCUCGGGAAUCCGUCCAUCACAUUAUGAGUUUUGACCCCAGUGAUAACAACUACAUAUAUCUGAUGACAUCGUAUCAGAUGAUCCGCGUUAAAGUAGCAAAGUGUGAUCUGUACAGCACUUGCAAUCAGUGUCUAGGAGCUGCAGAUGCGUACUGUGGAUGGUGUACCCUGGAGAGCAGGUGUUCUCUGCAAAGAGAAUGUAGAGACUGGAAACAACCACAUUUCUGGAUUAGCCUGAAUGAAGGAUUUGACAUUUGUCCAUCUAUGACUAUUACACCCUCAGAAAUCAACUUGGCUUCUACCUUCAAAGAUGUUGGGAUUUUGAUCAAUGGUAGCGUCCCUGACCUUCACAGAACAAAGGUGGAGUGCGAUUAUGGAAAUGGGGUUUCUACAGAGGCCACAAUAUAUGGAAUUGAUUCUGCACCAUCUCAAAUUCACUCCUGCCCAUUUUUACCAAAGGAGAAGUACCCAGAAUUCCCACUGGGUCAAGAUCACGUAACCAUCCGCACUACCAUCAAGGUCAAUGGCACGAGCAUUGUGUGGGGAAAUGUAAUUAUUUAUGACUGUGAGAGGACUGGAAUGUUUAAUGCAAAAACAGCAUGUACUAGCUGUCUGAAUGCAAAGUGGAAAUGUUACUGGAAUGUGAAGACCUUUGCCUGUGUCUCUAGUAAUUUGGACUCUAGGGAUUUGCUUGAGGAUUCUGCAUCCUGUCCAAAACUCAUACCUGCUACUCUGGAUCCAAUAGCAACUGGAACCACUCAAGACAUCAUCUUCUCACUGGCCAACACAGAGACCUUGCAGGGUACAUCUUUACAAUGUUGCUUUGGGAGUGAUCAGUGUUCUGAAGUAAGCUGGGCUACCACAAUCGCCAUUGUCUGUCACAGUGUAAAACUCUAUACAACUGAAAACAGUCAGCAAAUCCUGGUCAACCUGAGAUUGAAAGAACACCCAGAUAAAUUCAUUGACAGUCCAACACCAAUUAUAGUGGAGGUGUAUAACUGCAUGUCGGGCAGCACAGACUGCUCUCAGUGCUGGGGAAGAGAGGACCGGGGCCACCACUGUGUCUGGUGUGAGAACAGCUGCAGGAUGAGAAGCGAGUGCAAGGCAGUGCAGGAGUUCUGCUCCGCUCCAGAAAUAAGAAAAAUUGAGCCCCUGAGUGGCCCACUGGAGGGGGGAACCCUACUCACAAUACAAGGAAGGAACCUGGGCCGCAGAUUCAGUGACAUCACGGUCUCCAUUGGAGGUGUGGGCUGCAGGCCGCUCCAAGACAGAUACAUUGUUUCAGAAGUAAUUGUCUGUGAGACCGAGAAAGCUCCAGCGAUGUUCUCCAGCGUGGUUUCUGUGUUCGUGGGUACAGAAGGGAAGUCGAGGGAGACAUUUUCUUACAUGAACCCAGAGGUGACUUCCAUUGAGCCAAACUUUGGUCCCAAAGCUGGAGGAACAAAAGUGAUCAUCAGUGGCAAGAACCUGGAUGUGGGAUCAAAGAUACGAGUACUGGUCAACGGGACGAAAGAGUGUACAAAUCUGCUACGCACACAGGACACAAUUAAGUGCACCAUGCCAGCAGCGCUGCUCCCCAAGACAGAAAGCGUGCAAGUGUGCGUCCAGUUUGAGAGCAACCCCUGUCCCAGCAGCAGCAACAGCACCAUGUAUACGUACAUGGAAAAUCCAGUCAUAUCUGAGAUCAGUCCGAAAACAAGCCAUACCAGUGGAGGAAGGAUACUCACUUUGAAGGGGCAGGAGUUCAAUCUGAUCCAGAACAUCUCCAUGGUGGUUUUAAGGAUCGGGAAAGAACCAGCAAUCUGUGCAGUUCAGAGUCCCACCGUUAUCACAUGCCCCUCCCCAGCAGCCUCUAACAGUACUGAGGAGCAGCCAGUGAAGUUUUACAUCAACGGGGUCUUGUACACGGGAGACGGCUCGGCCGUCCACAGCCUGCCAGACUACGAUGACGAUUCACACACUGGCAGCUUCUACAUGCAUUACUGCGAGGACCCGCACUUCUACAUCGCCAAUAAGGAGAAGUGGAUCAAGCACCAUCACGGGGAACCCCUGACUCUGGUCAUCAUGAAAGCAAAAAACUGUUUGGAUCUAAGACCAGAGGAAUACAGAGUGAUGAUUGGCUCCAUCCCCUGUGAGAUCAGCUUCAACAAUGAGAAGGUCUUCCACUGCACCAUCAACGGAUCCCUGAGCUCCACCGAGAGGCAGCUUCCUGUCAUAGUGCAGGUUGGGAAUUUCAAAGAGGAGAUCGCCAGGGUGCACCUGGGAGGCAACGAGAUGGCUAUCAUUGUGUCCAUAGUCGUAUGCAGCAUAUUACUACUGGUCUGUACAGUGGCUUUGGGGGUCUUUUGUACUAAAAGUCGCAGAGCAGAACGAUACUGGCAGAAGACCUUACUUCAAAUGGAAGAGAUGGAAUCUCAGAUUCGUGACGAAAUCCGCAAAGGUUUUGCAGAGCUGCAGACUGACAUGACAGACCUCACCAAAGAGCUGAACAGCAGUCAGGGCAUUCCGUUCUUGGAGUACAAGCACUUUGUUACACGCACUUUCUUUCCCAAGCAGUGCUCUGACUACGAGAAAAGCGUUGUGCAACCCAUCUACCAAAACCACCCUCAGGCUUCUGUGACCCCAAAGGAAACCCACCCGCUCCUGCAGGACUGGAAGUCUUCUAGCCCAGUCAAACCCAACAUGGAGGAAGGAAUUGCCUUGUUCUCCACACUGCUCAACAACAAGCACUUUCUCGUCACCUUUGUCCAUGCACUAGAACAGCAGAAGGAUUUUGCUGUAAGAGACAGGUGUAACAUAGCUUCCCUCCUCACUGUUGCACUCCAUGAGAAGCUGGAAUAUUACACCAGUAUCAUGAAGGAGCUCCUGGUGGAUCUUAUUGAUGCGUCCGCCUCCAAGAACCCCAAGCUGAUGUUAAGGAGGACCGAGUCGGUGGUGGAGAAGAUGCUUACGAACUGGAUGUCCAUCUGCAUGUACAGCUACCUCAAGGAGAAGGUGGGAGAGCCCUUCUUCUUGCUGCUGUGUGCCAUCAGGCAGCAGAUCAAUAAGGGAUCCAUUGACAUCCUCACUGGGAAGGCCAGGUACACCCUUAAUGAAGAGUGGCUCCUGCGUGAGAACAUUGAAGCCAAGCCCGUGAACAUUAAUGUGUCAUUCCAAGGCUGUGGUAUGGACUCCCUGACAGUCAGGGUCAUGAACACAGACACCAUCUGUCAAGUCAAAGAGAAAAUCCUGGAGGCUUUUUACAAGAACCUUCCCUUCUCACAGUGGCCGAGAGCAGAAGAUUUAGACCUGGAGUGGUUUGCAUCCAGCAGUGACAGUCGUAUUCUUCGGGAUCUGGAUGAUACCACGCUUAUGGAGGACGGGAGAAAGAAACUGAACACAGUGCUUCAUUACAAGGUUCCUGAGGAAGCAUCUCUUGCCAUCAGCCUAAAAGACAAGAGGGACAACACCCUGGGAAGAGUCAAAGACCUGGACACAGAAAAAUAUUUCCAUUUGGUUCUUCCAAAUGAUGAACUGAUGGAGAACAAGAAAUCCCACCGGCAGAGCCACAGGAAGAAGGUUCUUCCAGAGAUCUACCUGACUCGGCUGCUCUCCACCAAGGGGACGCUCCAGAAGUUCUUGGAUGACCUGUUUCACGCUAUCCUCAGCAUCCCUGAAGACAAGCCUCCCUUUGCUGUGAAAUAUUUCUUUGAUUUUCUUGAGGAGCAGGCCGACAAGAGGGGAAUCACAGACCCUGAUACUUUACACAUCUGGAAGACUAAUAGUUUACCUCUGCGCUUCUGGGUGAACAUCCUGAAGAACCCCCAGUUUGUGUUUGACAUUGACAAGACAGAUCACAUGGACGCGUGCCUGUCUGUCAUAGCUCAGGCUUUUAUAGACGCGUGUUCAAUCUCAGAUCUGCAGCUGGGAAAGGACUCUCCUACUAACAAGCUGCUCUAUGCUAAAGAGAUCCCAGAGUACAAGAAGACAGUCCAGCGAUAUUACCAACAGAUCCAGGAAAUGAUGCCACUAAGUGAACAGGAAAUGAAUGCACAUUUAGCAGAGGAGUCUAGGAAAUACAGAAAUGAGUUCAACACUAAUUCAGCUUUGGUUGAAAUCUACAAGUAUGCCAAGAGAUACCAGACACAGGUUGUGAAUGCACUGGAAGCCAACCCCACAACCAAACGGACGCAUCUCCAGCACAAGUUCCAGCAGGUGAUAGCGCUGAUGGAGGAUAACAUUUAUGAAUGUAGCAGUGAAGCUUGAGGAAGGUCCAGGACUUCCAAGUGCACCUGAAGAGGAGUUUACCCUAAAUCACUCCCUUCAUAAUGGGAAGAGAAACAAGCACAUUGCUCCUGGAAAUAAAGAGACACGCAAAAUGCUACCGUGUGUUUUUAAAUGAUGGUAAACUGAAAGGUUGUGGGUCCUUCCUGCAGGGCUGGGACCUGGACUCUGUUAAGACAUGACUCUCAUUUACCAGAGACCAUUACUCUGUCCUUGCUAAAUCCAUGUCAAACCUUUUUCUGUGUUAAUGCUUAAAAUAAGUCGGAAAAUGUGAAGAGAAUGUACUGAUAUUAGAGAGUAAGUAGCGGGGUUCCAAAAAAUAUAGCGUUACGCGUCCCCACAUGUUGCUACAGCUGUUUAAAUAAAGUAU